AUGGACAUUUUGGUGAGAAAGGACAAGGAGUUGCCGAAGAAAGUUUUUGGUCAUGCGAUGAUGGCGCAGUUUCAGGCCAUGAAGGAGAUCCUUCUCGCAGGCGACACAAACCGACUGGUUGCCGAGCUGACCUUCGUGCGCAUCAAUGACUUGGCAGCGCCGCCUGAGAAGAUCCACCCCCUGAUUUUCAUCGAGCCCUUCGUUGCGGUACUGAUUAUUGCGAACGGCAUCAUGAUCGGCUUCCAAACGGAUCCCGGCUACGAGGAUUGGGGUGGCUGGAUUUACCUUGAGGUGAUCUUCGCCAUAGUUCUGAUCAUUGAGUGCUGCUUUCGCGUCCACCUCUCCGGAGUUAAGAACUACUUCUGUGGCACCGACUGGGCGUGGAAUUAUUUCGAUCUUUUUCUUCUGAUGACAGGUCUUACUGACAUCGUGGUGGAAGUGGCAGUGCAGUCUCAGUCUGACUUCUUCGGAGCUUCGCUUCUGAGAUUUUGCCGCCUCAUACGCCUGGUGCGCGUGGUCAAAGUCUUCCGGCUCAAGUACAUGAAGGAGCUGCGCUUGAUGGUGAAAGGCCUUGUCGGAGGCUUUCGUACUCUGUUCCUCUCAUUUGCCCUGCUCUUCGCCGUGCUGUAUGUCAUCGCAGGCUUCGCCACAAUGACGAUGGGCCGGGACACUCGCGUCGCGGAACUUGGGCUGACGAAUCAUUUCCAGAACAUCCCAUCGUCUAUGUUUACUGCCUUCAGAUGCUUCUCCGGGGAGUGUUUCGCAGCUUCAGGUCUGCCAAUCGCCGCUGUGCUGGAGGAUUCUCAUGGCUUGCCCUUCGUCCUGGGCUACGUCGUGUGCUAUAUGCUAGUCUCGCUGGGUAUCUACAACGUCAUCCUGGCUGUCUAUGUGGACAUCACCAUGAGAGCUGCCAAGGAGUCGGAGGCCGUGACCGCCGAGCAGCAUUCCCGCGAGUCAAUCCGGAUCGCCCGCACUACGCGGGAACUGCUGAAGAAGUUUGCUGCUGCUUACCGGCAGUUCCAAGACCAGGACCACGAACCAACAUCCACACGGAAGCACCUGGACUUCAGCCCUAUGGAGUCCAACUUCACAGACGAGGACAUUCAUGGACACAUUGCCAUCACCAAGGAGCUGUUCCUUUUGGUCAUCCAGGACCAGUCUGUACAGUUCCUCAUGGACGAGCUGGAGCUCCCCCACGACCGUGCCAACUUGUUUGAGAUCAUCGACGCCGAUGGCAGUGGAACACUCCAUGUGACGGAGUUGGUUCAGGGCUUGCUAAAGAUUCGUGGGGAAGUCAAGAAAAGCGAUGCUGUCGCCACACUGCUCGCGACAAAAGCGAUCCAGAACCAGUUGGUAGAAAUACGGUCGGAGGAGAGGGAGUUCCAGAGCACGGUUCUGAAGCUUCUUCAGCCUGCCUGGAGGACCCUUUUGAAGUCUUGA